GUUUUAUGGAUAAGAGAGAGGGAGUUUUAUUUGAGCGGAAUGAAUCGUGUUGUGAAUGACAGGACGUUUUGGGACAGAAAUAUGAUGCUAACUCCCAGAGCUGCUGCAUUAGACCAGGUGCCUGGAGCUGUAUGAGAUUAAAGGUGCUGUGGCUGGAAGGCAGGAAUCUUCCCUCGUAACCGAGCCAGACGAUGGGUAAGAAGAGUCGCGUGAAGACUCAGAAAUCGGGGACGGGCGGGACAGCCGUGGUGUCCCCUAAAGAGAUGAUGAACCUGAUCUCCGAGCUCCUACAGAAAUGCAGUGGUGCAGCUCCGUCUCCAGGAAAGGAGUGGGAGGAGUACAUCCAGAUCCGCACCCUGGUGGAGAAAAUCCGCAAGAAACAGAAAGGAGUGUCCGUGGUGUUUGAGGGCAGCAGGGAGGAUUAUUUCCCCGAGCUCAUGGCCUGGGCAGCAGAAUGUGGAGCGUCCUGCGAGGGCUUCGAGAUCGCCAACUUUGGAGAUGAAGGAUACGGCCUCAGAGCCACCAAAGACAUCAAGGCUGAAGAACUGUUUCUGUGGAUUCCCAGGAAGAUGCUGAUGACCGUGGAAUCGGCUAAAAACUCCAUUCUUGGUCCGCUGUACGGUCAGGACCGGAUCCUGCAGGCCAUGGGCAACGUGACUCUGGCCCUGCACCUGCUCUGCGAGAGGGCGAACCCGGAGUCCCCCUGGCUGCCCUACAUCAAAACCCUGCCCACUCACUACGACACGCCUUUAUACUUCGAGGAGGAGGAAGUGCGCCACCUGCUGGCCACUCAGGCCAUUCAGGACAUGCUGAGCCAGUACAAGAACACGGCGCGCCAGUACGCCUACUUCUACAAAGUCAUCCAUACUCAUCCCAACGCCAGCAAACUGCCCCUGAAGGAUGCUUUCACCUUUGACGACUACAGGUGGGCCGUAUCAUCUGUGAUGACUCGUCAGAACCAGAUCCCUACAGAGGAUGGCAGUCGGGUCACCCUGGCUCUCAUCCCACUCUGGGACAUGUGUAAUCACACCAAUGGCCUGAUUACGACCGGUUACAACCUGGAAGAUGACCGAUGUGAGUGUGUUGCUCUGCAUGACUAUAAAGAGAGCGAGCAGAUCUACAUAUUCUACGGUACAAGGUCUAACGCUGAGUUCGUCAUCCACAACGGCUUCUUCUUCGAGGAAAACGCACACGACCGGGUGAAGAUCAAGCUGGGAGUCAGUAAGAGCGAGAGGCUGUACGCCAUGAAGGCCGAGGUGCUGGCCCGCGCUGGAAUCCCGGCGUCAAGCGUUUUCGCCUUGCACUGCAGUGAGCCGCCCAUUUCAGCCCAGCUCCUGGCCUUCCUGCGCGUCUUCUGCAUGACGGAAGAGGAACUCAGGGACUACCUAGUGGGUGACCACGCCAUCAACAAGAUCUUCACGCUGGGGAACGCAGAGUUCCCUGUCAGCUGGGAGAACGAGAUCAAGCUGUGGACGUUCCUGGAGACGAGAGCUGCGCUGCUCCUCAAGACGUACAAAACUACAUCAGAGGAGGACAGGUCCAUGCUGCAGAAACCCGACCUCUCUCCACACUCGCGCAUGGCCAUAAAGCUGCGUCUGGCUGAGAAGGAGAUCCUGGAGCGCGCCGAGGCCAGCGGCCGUGCCAAGCGCCUGCACUUCCAGAAGCAGCUGGAUGACGGCGCUCCUCUGCCCGUGUAUGAGGAGAGCGACAUCGCGCUGCUGGAGAACGCCGACGCCAAGCUGCCCAUCGUCCUGCACCAGCUAGAGGAGGAACAAGAGGAAGAAGAGCUGAAGAUGUCGCUUCUUAACGGUGAACGAAAGGAGAAAGAGAUACAGAAGGAGACCGGAGGAGAGAAAGCAGAGUCGAGCGCGCAAAGAACUGAGGAUACAGGCAAAGAUCAGGAAUAAGUUCGACACAAUCACGGAUUCCUGCUCCUUAUUUAUUUUUUGUUUUAAGUGACUGAAGAAUAGAAGUGAAAGCAAUCGAAACUAAAACAGCAGUCUGUGUUACUUACAGCUUUUUUUUUUGUUUGUUUUUUUUUUUAAUAUAGAUGUGACGAUUUCAGAUGAUGUUCUGCUGUUCCGUCCCACGUUUUAGUUUUAACAGUGCCACACUGGUUUAUAUAUAUAUAUUUUUUUGUUUAUUUGAAGCAGGUGGCUCCUCCCACUCAGGAGGAAAAAGACUUGGAAAACUGAAAACUGUAUGUAAUGGAACGUCAUAAUCGGACCUGUGGAUCUGAUGUACAGAUCUGGAGUUCAGUUUGUUCAGGAUUCAGUAUGACCUGGUUAACUUUUUUUUUUUUUUAAGCGUGUUUUUGUUGCUCCUACAGUUUUUUUUUUUAAAAAACAUACACAGUGUUUCCCUUUACCUGAAAUGUAGCAUGUUUAGUGCUUGGAGCAAUGAGGCUAGCUUGUAUCUUAUGAGGUUAGCACUGCGCAGUAUACUCGCGUUAUGUUUGGGGGGUGGGGUUAGUAAUGUUUACGGCUGCACGCAAUGUGAAAUGCAACAGCAGAGAAAACACAUGCUGUAGAUUAUUACGAAACUCUUUAAUAACAAGUUCAAACUCCAUCUUUAAGCUACUUAAUCUUGUUUAAAUAAAUAAAUUAGUUUAAAGUUUCGUCAAAUUGAACUGAAAUUUUUAUGGUUUAAGUGUAUGGCAAAGUGGUCGAUAAAACUCCACCCCAAUCUGUGGGAGGCGGAGCCUAAUCUCUAGUCAUUUGUGUGCAGAAUGAUACCAAAAACGUUAUUGUGGCUAUCUAAGAUGGCUGCUCCAUUACAUUAAGCUACGAAUAAGUUCACAGUAGCUAGUGUGCGUCACUCCUAGCGAGUGUCAGUGAUCUGGCCAGCUUUUAUCAUCAAACAAAUCAAAAAUAGGAUCACACACUCUCUCAAUACAUUAAAAAUGGUGAUGCAUUUUACUGCACUCGUUAUUUUACUGAAUAACCUGUUAAUUGACACACAUUUACAAUUGCCUUCUUUUUUUUUUUUUUUGUUGGCUCAGAAGAUUGACAGCUUCGCAAAUUCAUGGGUCAGGGUUCCCCUAGAUAAAGUCUAUGUACACUGUGUGAAACUAACCGCAAACACGCUUGCACGUUGUGCGUCUUUUCCUUGUGUAUUUUUUUCCGCAUUUUUCCCGACCAUAGAUUGAUGGCUGAAAAGGCAGAAAAGCGUAUUUUUAAAUUUGUCAAUAGAGCUAAACUGUAUUGUGUCGUAACUUGUAUUGCUUGUUUGCGACAUUAGCCUUGCAGCGCAAGUUCAAAACUAAUGACUCAAACGUCAAACACUAAACAUGUCUUCGCUAAUCAUCUACAUUUGGUAUAAGUGAAAAUUGUGUACGUUUUUCUUUUUUCCCAUGAAACUAUUACUUUACGCUUGUUCUGCUAAUGUGUUUGCUAGACAAUCGUUUUUCUUUUUUUACGUUCUGGAUCCUGCUUUGCACCUGGAUUAAUCAUAUUACGCAAGGAGUCCUGGUCUUUUCAGCAGGACAUUUAUCCCAAAAAAGGAAGAAGCUGAGGAUGUUUUAAGUUUGAUUGCACUUCGGGAACAGUCACUAUAUUUUUCAAAAGUGGUCUAUUUUUCAGUUUGGAUUGUUUGACAUACUGUGAUUGAACCUUCCGAAGGUUAGAAGCUUGAGAUUACUUUAGAAUUACGGACAAGUCGUCUUGCUAUGAAUGUAGUUUGAAAUGCUUCGUCAUAUUGAAUAGAUCUAUUCAUUAAUAAUUUCCUCGUGACGGCUGUCUCGGUUGCUGAGAACGAUAACUUCUUCCACGUUUAUAACGUUGUUAUCGGUUUGUUUACAUCAGAAGCCAAACUCAUCACAUCUCUAAUGUCUGUGGUUCUCUUUACGCCUUAAAACAGUUUCCUGUGCAGGAUAUCUGCAAUCACAACACUUACAGGUUCCAAAACUAGGGUUUUUCUUAUGGUUGUUCUCAUUAAUAAUUUUAUAUAGUGCAUCUCAUGCAUUUAAAACGCAGCUCAAAUAGUGCUUUACGAUAAAUCUAUAGAACAAAUAGAUACAUAAUUAAAUAAAUAUACUGUACUCAAAGUGAAACUGAUUUUGUAAAUUAGAGGUAAAAAGAAAAUGCUAACAACUGUUUUGAAAUAGUUGUGAAAGGACAAGGUUUGAGCUGCUUUUUAAACGAUACAGCUGGAGCCUGAUGAGUAUUGAUGGAUCACAAAUUCCAGAUCUUUGGAACAAAAAAAAAAAACAAAACAAAAAAAAAAAAAACAGAAAGUCUGCAUCACUGUUUUUCACUUUGGGAAAGUUGAGUAAAGCGUGAUUUGGAUCACAGCCUGUCAGACAUACAGAGAUGUAUGGAUAAGGUAAGCUUUAAAAACAAUAAAAGACU